CCUAAUUUGACAAGUACUUGCCAAAAUAUUUUUCAAGAUUUGGUCAAAACAUAGAUAGCACAUUCAUUAAAUAUGUCCAACGAAAGAAGUCACAUCGAAGCAGACAUGAACAUUUACGCCUCACUGGAAGGAAACAGACGUGACUCUCUAUCACCGUACAUUCCAAACUUACAAUAUGACAUUAUCAGAGAACCCAAAGGUUAUGCAGCAGCUAUGAAAAACCUUUUUACUUACAUUUGUGGAAAUAUAUGUAAGUUGAUAAAUUUUGCAAUCGAAUUAACUAUUGCUUUUUUACAACAUCCUUUGACUUGGAAAACGUUCAAAGAGUUUCUUGGUAUAUUAUUUGACACCUACAUUUUUGUAACCCUGUGCAUGACGACUUUAAUUAUACAUUUCAUAGUAAACGUGGACGAAUAUUGCAAUGUGAAUGGAAAGGAAGGAUCUAUUACUGAUAUAUCUGAAAAGGAGGACUUGAAAAAAGAUGAAUAAAGUGUGUGUUGUUAUUGUAUUAAUAACAUAUCGUUUAUGUAUUGUAAAAAUUUAUGUAAAAAGCAUCAACAUUCCCCCAACAAAAAAUGAAGCAUAACUUGAAUUUAUUAUCCUAUAUACAUAUAUUGAGCACAUAUACCUUAUUGAUGUAUUAUAUUGAAUAAAAAAUAUUGAAAUUCGUUGUUUAUAAA